AUGCUCGCACUACAGCGCAAGUCGAGUCCUGCAGGCUCAUGCACUGCCAACAUCCUACCAUGUCGCAUCCACCAUGACGGUCCGACCAAAGUCACCAAGAGAUACUGGAGUCCGCGCGAUGAGAAAGACCAGACUAAGACCGCCUACUUUCGCGGCCGCCGAUUACGGGGAAGAGUCAUAGCCAUCCCACAGGGCUAUCACGGCGUCGUCGCGAGAUCCACCGAUCGGUACCUCCCGCAGCCUCCCAAACCCCGUCCCACAUACACAGCGGUGGACGAGGACAUCGAGAUCGAAGACGAAGAAGAAGAGCCGCCGGAGCCAGUCAAGGUUCUCGAAGAGGUAACCACUUUCGACGACGUUAUAGUGUGGGGACACGACCAGGUUCCGAGCCAGGACGACGCGUUUGUCAAGGGUCUUGAAGAAUGGAUUUCGUUCGCCGAAGCUAUACACGGGAAACCCAGGGCUGCAGACACGGACAAGCCGCAACAAGCAGGCACCGAGUCCGCAUCCUGA